CUUUUUCCUGGAAUCUGCGUUGGUGAAUUAGCAAAUAGCUAGCUGCCAGUGUUUGUUUUGGUUGUCUUGGUUGCCAAUUAGCUAAAAGAAAGAUGUCUGCCACGGAUGACGAUACUGAGUUGCGGGAUCUUUUGAUCCAAAACCUAGAAAACAGUGGGGUCUUGAACAAACUAAAGGCACGUAGCUACCAAUAUUGAAAAGUCGUAUGUCGAUGGACUCUUCAAAGACUGAGAAUUUUGGUGUUGCAGCUUGUUAUCGUUUCGAAUAGCUAGCUAACGUUAGCUAGCUACUGUAACUAGCUGGCCCGCGGUAAAGUCACCGGCUGUCAUCAAGAGAUCUAGUGUCUUGAGAUAGCUAGCUAGCUAAGUUAGCUAGCUAGCUACUGUACCUUCUAACAUUGGAUAACCAACAGCUAGCUAGAUAGCUAACUAUUUUACAAUUAGUGCAUAUUUAGGUACUUAGCUAGUACUGUUACAUAGCUAGCUAGGUAGUUCAGACCUGUUUGAGGCCCUCUUGCUUGGCCAACACCCUCUUUUGCUCUUAUUGUCGUAUUUUGUAGGCAGAAAUGCGCGCUGCUGUCUUCCUGGCUAUGGAUGAACAGGAUAAAGUGGAGGUAAGAAGAUAGCUGACUUGUGUGCAUUUUCAAUUAACGUUAAUCCUGAUAGUGUAACGUUACUUUAGGCCCACUUAUUGCUUCUCUUAGUAAUUACUUUUCAUUUUUUGGGAUGUCAGUGUAGUGUAUGAUUUACAUCUGCAUAACCUCUGCUACCACUCAUUAUCGUUCCCACAGAAUAAAACUCCACUUGUCAAUGAAAACCUGAAGAAAUGUCUUAAUACAAAGGAUGGUAAGGGUUAUCCACCGUGAUUGUCUGAACAAUAGUUUGCUAAUCGCAUAAUAAUCAACAUACAUUACAACGGCUCAUUCUUUCCAUGAUGAGGCUGAUCAUGUCUUUCCCUUUUUACAGGACGCCUGGUGGCCAGCCUCAUCAUAGACUUUCUGCAGGUCUUUCACCUGGACUUUACGCUUGCUGUCUUCCAGCCAGAGAUAAACUCAGUGAGUGUUUUACUCCCAGUGGAUGGGGCUGGCCUGGCAUUUGGUCAAAUCAUUUGGAAUUGUCAGUGCUACAUUCACCAUUAUGGCAUGCAAUUUAUUGCGCGUGUGUCCUAUUCUCAGCUAAAUGGCCUGGACAGCCGUGAGCAGGUCUCUUGUGAGCUGGGUAUCACCGAGACUGAUAUGAACAGGAACACUCCUCUCCUGCUGGAGCUUGUCAAGAGGGGCAGACACAGGGAGAAGAACUCCAUCUUCUCAGAGGUAAAGACAGACCACUGCACAGGGCGUGCCAUUUUACAUACAUAGGUUUAGUCAUUCACUACAGAGGGAAAGACACACCACUGCACAGGGCUUGCCAUUUUGCAUACAGGUUUAGUCAUUCACUAUAUACAGUUGAAGUCAGAAGUGUACAUACACCUUAGCCAAAUACAUUUAAACUCAGUUUUUCACAAUUCCUGACAUUUAAUCCUAGUAGAAAUUCCCUGUCUUAGGUCAGUUAGGAUCACCACUUUAUUUUAAGAAUGUGGAAUGUCAGAAUAAUAGUAGAGAAUUAUUUAUUUCAGCUUUUAUUUAUUUCAUCACAUUCCCAGUGGGUCAGAAGUUUACAUACACUCAAUUUGUAUUUGGUAGCAUUGCCUUUAAAUUGUUUAACUUGGGUCAAACGUUUCGGGUAGCCUUCCACAAGCUUCCCACAAUAAGUUGGGUGAAUUUUGGCCCAUUCCUCCUGACAGAGCUGGUGUAACUGAGUCAGGUUUGUAGGCCUCCUUGCUUGCACACGCUUUUUCAGUUCUGCCCACAAAUGUUCUAUAGGAUUGAGGUCAGGGCAUUGUGAUGGCCACUCCAAUACCUUGACUUUGUUGUCCUUAAGCCAUUUUGCCACAACUUUGGAAGAAUGCUUGGGGUCAUUUCCAUUUGGAAGACCCAUUUGCAACCAAGCUUUAACUUCCUGACUGAUGUCUUGAGAUGUUGCUUCAAUAUAUCCACAUAAUGUUCCUUCCUCAUGAUGCCAUCUAUUUUGUGAAGUGCACCAGUCCCUCCUGCAGCAAAGCACCCCCACAGCAUGAUGCUGCCACCCCCGUGCUUCACGGUUGGGAUGGUGUUCUUCGGCUUGCAAGCAUUCCCCUUUUUCCUCCAAACAUAACGAUGGUCAUUAUGGCCAAACAGUUCUAUUUUUGUUUCAUCAGACCAGAGGACAUUUCUCCAAACAGUACGAUCUUUGUCCCCAUGUGCAGUUGCAAACCGUAGUCUGGCUUUUUUAUGGCGGUUUUGGACCAGUGGCUUCUUCCUUGCUGAGCGGCCUUUCAGGUUAUGUCGAUAUAGGACUCGUUUUACUGUGGACAUAGAUACUUUUGUACCUGUUUCCUCCAGUAUCUUCACAAGGUCCUUUGCUGUUGUUCUGGGAUUGAUUUGCACUUUUCGCACCAAAGUACGUUAAUCUCUAGGAGACAGAACGCGUCUCCUUCCUGAGCGGUAUGACAGCUGCGUGGUCCCAUGGUGUUUAUACUUGCGUACUAUUGUUUGUACAGAUGAACGUGGUACCUUCAGGCGUUUGGAAAUUGCUCCCAAGGAUGAACCAGACUUGUGGAGGUCUACAAUUCUUUUUCUGAGGUCUUGGCUGAUUUAUUUAGAUUUUCCCAUGAUGUCAAGCAAAGAGGCACUGAGUUUGAAGGAAGGCCUUGAAAUACAUCCACAGGAACACCUCCAAUUGACACAAAUUAUGUCAAUUAGCCUAUCAGAAGCUUCUAAAGCCAUGACAUAAUUUUCUGGAAUUUUCCAAGCUUUUUAAAGGCACAGUCAACUUAGUGUAUGUAAACUUCUGACCCACUGGAAUUGUGAUACAGUGAAUUAUAAGUGAAAUAAUCUCUCUGUAAACAAUUGUUGGAAAAAGUGUUUGUGUCAUGCACAAAGUAGAUGUCCUAACCUACUUGCCAAAACUAGUGGUUGAAAAACGAGUUUUAAUGACUCCAACCUAAGUGUAUGUAAACUUCCGACUUCAACUGUGUAUAUAUAUAAUAAAUACAAUUUUUUUAUUUUACAAUCCAAAACAUACACAUACAAAUGACAACAUACAAACAUCCACAACAUCACCCCUGCGCAGAAGCCUACCUGAUUUGAUUGUGCUCUUGAAUGGCCUUCUGAAUGGAGUGACCAACUUGUGAUUAUAAUGGACUGCUUUCUUGCUCUACUGCUUUCCCUGCUCUGCUGCUUUCCCUGCUCUGGCCUGCUGUUUUCUGAUGUAAGGGGCACAAAGCCACAAACAUCCCCAAGGUAGUAAUUCUCAUGAUCUUCAUUCGCCUUCCUUCUCACUCACUAGGGUACAUUUACAUCUACAUAGAAUAUUAUGAAUGACCACCCACUGUUUCAAAAUCAGGUAUUAUACAUAGCCUACAACAUGACCACACUGAGAUGUAAUCCUUCAUACAACAACAUUUAAGUAUUUUGUCAAUGGACCAGAGCUGCCAGAAAAUAAACUGUAUUACUCAUAGUUGUCAUUUUGCCGUGACUACCAAAUUCUAAUAUUAUCUGGGUCAAAAGAAGGCACCGUGCCAUUAGUGUAAAUGUACCCAGACGAUUGAGAGAGAAAAUGGUUUUCCUGUUGAUCAGCGCGACUCUGACAUAACAAGUUUGUCCUACUUUCUUACAGUCAUGUUUCAUGCUCUGCUCAAAUCAGCAGAAUGAGCUCGCGUAGCUAUCCUAUUCACCCAUUCAUACUGAUAACUGUAGGCCGCAAAGGUGCACAUGAAGAACUAGCGUAUAACAAAAUAUUUUGAUUUGAAUAUCAUCAAGCUUACAAUUUCAUGUUUGUUUUUAUCGCGUGUAUUGAUCCCAAGAGGAUGCGACUUCAAAUGUAGAGAGAUUGCUUGGUCUGAUAUCAAUGUUCUUCCUUUUCUCUUUGUAGGAACUAACCCCCAGGCAAAUAGCAGACGCCCGGAAGAAGUUUGACAGUUAUGACAAGGUGAUCAUUUUAAGUACAAAUAUUUUGAAGCCAUCUCUUAAAAUGUAGAUGUGCUCAUUUUGGUCAUCCUCAUAAGUUCUCAUUUACAUUUAAGUCAUUUAGCAGACGCUCUUAUUCUCCAUUGCUAUUGAUUGCCUUGUGGAGGUGUUUCAAUGUCCAAGAUUCUUCCAAGAUCCUGCCUUUUACGGUGUUUCAUUUUUCUGCUUCAUAGGCCAGCACUGGUGGGAUACGCAAAGAGGAUUUGAAAGUUGUGUUUGGAGAUGUUUUUCCCAACUUCAACAAGUAUGUUUGGGCCAUGUCAUUCAAGCAAAAUGACAAAACACUAAGGUCUGGUUCCCUGGACACCGGAAAGCCCACUCCUGAACUAAAAAGCAUGAAUUUCUAUUGAAAGUGCUUUGUCAUUCAGGAAUAGACUUAAUCUGUGUCUGGGAAACCUGUCCAGACUGCAAAGCUGAUAUGACAAUGCUAUUUGUGACGUGAAUCAACAGCUCAUCAAGUUUCCUUAACAAGUUGUUGUCUGUGUGUCCAAUAACAGGAACAUGCUGGAGAAGUUUGUCACUGAUGAACAUAGAGCUGGAGACAAAGCCUCCAGUAAAUGUAAGUGUUCUGUAGACUGAAAGGAAUUGACAUUCUUCAUUUUAUUUUAUUUAACCUUUAUUUAACUAGGCAAGUCAGUUAAUAACAAAUUCUUAUUUACAAUGACGGCCUACCAAAAGGCAAAAGGCCUCCUGUGGGGACGGGGGCUUGGAUUAAAAAUAUAGGACAAAACACACAUCACGACAAGAGACACCACAACACUACAUAAAGAGAGACCUAAGAUAACAACAUAGCAUGGCAGCAACACAUGACAACACAACAUGGUAGCAACACAACAUGGCAACAGCACAACAUUGUGCAAACAUUAAUGGGCACAGACAACAGCACAAAGGCAAGAAGGUAGAGACAACAAUACAUCAUGCGACGCAGCCACAACUGUCAGUAAGAGUGUCCAUGAUUGAGUCUUUGAAUGAAGAGAUGGAGAUUUAAACUGUCCAGUUUGAUUGUUUCUUGCAGCUCGUUCCACUCGCUAGCUGCAGCGAACUGAAAAGUGUGGUUGCUAUAGUUACAAGCAUGGCAACACAAAUCUGAGGAAAAUGUCGUCAUCUGCUCUAAUGCUUUGUCUCAUAUCUCUGUCUCUGUAGCUAUAGACUUCCAGGAGUUUCUGGGCUUGUACAAGCGCUUCUUCAGUCAGUGUCGAAGUGUGGUAAGACACCUUUACUCUUUUGAAGUUCCUUUUUAGAUUGAAUCAUAGAUUUAACUUUGUAUGAACUGUUUCUUUCUGUGAAACAACACAAUGUCAAAUGUGUCCUUCCCUUCCAGGUCACCCAUGACACCAGUGAUGUCAUUUACAAUCCCAGUCGAUUUAUUGAGGAGAAGAUAAACAUUUCACCGGCUAGUAAGGUACAUUGGCUCUUCUCAAACUAUGGUGCAGUGCAUGUUUUAGUGCUCUAUAUAAAAUGGCUGUUGUUUCUCAUAGGAUAACUAUUUUCUUACUUUGUUCAAAGUUAAUAUUGCAUUCCUUUAAUGCCUGUUUGUGUGAACUGUUAUGUCAUAACAGCUUUCUUGUGAAUCAAUACAUUUCUAUGGAAUUUGCCUUAAAAUAACAUAGCAAGAGAUCUAGUUUUGUAAUUGCAGGAUGUGAGCAUUGGGUAUAAAUUAUGUGGAUAUUUGAGAGAAUGUUGAUUGUUAAAACAAAGCCUCUGUUUUUACGCUUUCUUUCGAAAGGAUGAAGAGGUCAGUAGACUAAACUGUAUUUGAUUCUCCCUAAAUGUAGCCUCCUUUAGGGCCUACCCAGUAUCCAUCAUGUUAGUGAGGCAGUGAGUGUGUGAGGAGGCUGAUAGCUGUGUUCUCAUGCACAGAUCCCCAGGUUUAAAGGACAUAAACACAGUGCACAGGCGGAGAAGGCUAACGCCAAGGUAAACUGCAAGGCGGGAACAGGGUUGUGCUCAUUAGGCACCAAACGGAAGAGAGUGUACUGAAACAGAGGGACUAGCUGGACUAAUAAGGAACACUCAUUUUCGUUGGGUUUGCUGUAAUGAACACAACCCAGGUGUAGAGUACCCACUGGGCACACACUGGUUGAAUAAACGUUGUUUCCACGUCAUUUCAAUUAAAUGACGUUGAACCAACGUGGAAUAGACUUUAAUUUGACAUCUGUGCCCAGUGGGUAGGCUCAUACCAAUUCAUCCAGGGGAAGUUCUCAUUUCAAAGGCAUGUCCGUACCAUUUACUAAUUGCUCACUUCACUGUCUUAAUGGUUCAUAGAGUAGGUGCGACUAACGUAGCUAAGCCAUUAGCAAGGGCAGACCUCUAAAAUGGCCUUUACCUUUACUUGUGCCGGAUAGUUCUCAAAAUAUCUUUCCUAUAGCUAAUAUUUCAGUGCCACUACUAACUCUCCCUGUCGCUUUAAUCGUCUAACCAUUUGCAACUAAAUGCUAGCUAACCCACUCAAAUACACAGAAGCAGCUUUAAACAUGUGUUUUUGUUAUUUUUAUUGUCUUGUUCCUAUAUGUGCCACACAGGGCGUGGAGGUCAGUCACAGCCACAGUGACACCAGCCUGCGCUUUGGCUCUCUUCAGGGCAAAGGGCAGGGUCACGUGACGUCGAUGCACAGCGAGGCGUGCGGGGACAAUGACAAUGGCCCCACGGUGAGCCUGAAGAAGGGGCUGGACCUGGAGGUGGAGGAGGACGCAGACGAGGACGACUCGUUCUUUGAUGACCCUCUGCCUAAACCACAGAAAAUCUAUGGCUGGUGAGGACAGGGGUUGAUAAAAGAGUUGGAGAAUGUAUGUCAUAGAGAGAGCCUAUCUUUUAACUGUUGUUUGAUCAAUAGGACUGUAAAGUUCCCAAAUGUAAGAGGACUCCCGUGGUGUUUACAUAUUUGCAGAAAUCCAUUCAGGUGUAUUUUGUGGCUUUUGGCGAUUGAGUUCUAAUGAUCUAAAGUCGCGCUGUUGCAACUGCCUGUAAACACACAGUCCAGUUCAAAGUGAAUGACGGCAGGCCCGUGUGGCAAAUGGCUUGUUUGUAUAAAGGGAUACUGUAGCUCUAAUUGGCUAUAGCCCACCGUUCUGUGUAGACUCCGGUCCUGGACAAGACAGAUGUUUUUAUUUGGUUUUAUUUACUGCAGUGUCUAUUAAUUGCACAAACGCAUUGCUGAUUUCCCACUAUAUAUUACUAUAGAAUUUUCACAAAUGCCUUAGUAUACACUACCGGUCAAAAGUUUUAGAACACCUACUCAUUCAACAGAUUUUCUUUAUUUUUACUAUUUUCUACAUUGUAGAGUAAUAGUGAAGACAUCAAAACUAUGAAAUAACACAUAUGGAAUCAUGUAGUAACCAAAAAAGUGUUAAACAGAUCAAAAUAUAUUUGAGAUUCUUCAAAUAGCCUCCCUUUUCCUUGAUGAUUGAUGAUGGUUAAGUGUGCCUUAAAUUCUAAGUAAAUCACAGACAGUGUCACCAGUAAAGCACCUCCACACCAUAACACCUCCUCCUCCAUGCUUUACGGUGGGAAAUACACAUGCAGAGAUCAUCUGUUCACCCACACCGCGUCUCACAAAGACACGGCGGUUGGAACCAAAAACUCUCCAAUUUGGACUCCAGACCAAAGGACACAUUUCCACCAGUCUAAUGUCCAUUGCUCGUGUUUCUUGGCCCAAGCAAGUCUCUUCUUCUUAUUGGUGUCCUUUAGUAGUGGUUUCUUUGCAGCAAUUUGUCCAUGAAGGCCUGAUUCACACAGUCUCCUCUGAACAGUUGAUGUUGAGAUGUGUCUGUUACCUGAACUCUGUGAAGCAUUUAUUUGGGCUGCAAUUUCUGAGGCUGGUAACUCUAAUGAACUUAUCCUCUGCAGCAGAAGUAACUCUGGAUCUUCCAUUCCUGUGGCGGUACUCAUGAGAGCCAGUUUCAUCAUAGUGCUUGAUGGUUUUUUGUGACUGCAUCAAAGUUAUUGAAAUGUAGUACUGACCGUAUUGAACACUGCUUACCUUGCCUAUCUAAUAAAGUAAGGCAAGGGACUGGUCGUCCGUUCAUACUUUUUUAUGUUAUUAUUUUUUAUUAUUAUAUAUGAGUUUGUUUGUGUCUGGUGGCCAUAAAUAUGGACCUUGAGUCUUAUGAUGUCUACAAAUAGAGCUCUUUGUAUACCCUCCCUACCUUGUCACAACACAACUGAUUGGCUCAGAUGCAUUAAGAAAGAAAGAAAUUCCACAGAUUAACUUUAAGAAGGCAGGACCUGUUAAUUGAAAGGUAUUCCAGGUGCUACUCAUGAAGAUGGUUGAAGAAUGCCCAAGAGUAUGCAAAAGCAUGUCAUCAAGGCAAAUGGUGGCUAUUUGAACAAUCUCAAAUAUAAAAUAUAUUUUGAUUUGUUUUAACACUUUUUUGGUUACUAAACUCAGCAAAAAAAGAAACGUCCCUUUUUCAGGACCCUGUCUUUCAAAGAUAAUUAGUAAAAAUCCAAAUAACUUCACAGAUCUUCAUUGUAAAGGGUUUAAACUACUGCUCGCUAUUGCGCAGUGACCUGUUGGCCUUCAAGAAGGCAGAUGUUUCCAUACGUUUUUGUAAACUGGUCCCAACCAUUAAGCCAAAAUGUGAUUGGUUGAUUCAGUUGAAUAGCAGAUGCCUUUAUCUAUCUUCUGAUGGCCUAGCCAAUGGCUGACUUAGCUAGCUAGAUUUAUCUCCCCAGAGACCAGCAAAGUCUUCAGUGUUAACCCUUUCCUUUCCAACAAAAACUGAAGGGCUAAGGAUUUAUAAAAUAAUGAUUAUUAUUAUAACGAUAAUUACAUGAUUUUUGUGUAAUUAUCGUUAUUAUAAUAAUCAUUAUUUUAUAAAUCCUUAGCCCUUCUCUGAAGGCGUAUAAGGCCCAUUGUUCCCCACUGUGUUUGGGUUAGUAAUAAUUUGUAGAGUGGCUCUAUUUGCCCUCCGUAUGCAUUUUUUCACUAUUCUGAAUGUCUAAAGAAUCCAUAUGUUUUUCUGAAAUAUUAACACAGAAAUACUGUACAUUUUCAACUCUUAUGGUUGUGAUUUGACAGUUACAAUCAUGGUCUUGAAUUGGACUGGCAUUCUUUUGGUCUUGGACCCCUUGUCCCCCUCCCGGUCUUGUUCUUGACCUUGACUCUAUUUGCUCUGGUCUUGGUCUUGAAUCGGUCUCAUUUUAGGUGGUCUCGAACACAACACUGUGCUACAGCAUACAAUGACAUUCUAGACUAUUCUGUGCUUCCAACUUUGUAGCAACAGUUUGGGGAAGGCCCUUUCCUGUUUCAGCAUGACAAUGCCCCCGUGCACAAAGCAAGGUCCAUACAGAAAUGGUUUGUCGAGAUCGGUGUGGCAGGAUUUAACUGGCCUCCACAGAGCCCUGACCUCAACCCCAUCAAACCCCUUAGGGAUGAAUUGGAACGCUGACUGUGAGCCAGGCCUAAUCGCCCAACAUCAGUGCCCGACCUCACUAAUGCUGUUGUGGCUGAAUGGAAGCAAGUCCCCACAGCAAUGUUCUAACAUCUAGCGGAAAGCCUUCCCAGAAGAGUGGAGGCUGUUAUAGCACCAAAGGGGGGACCGACCCGAUAUUAAUGCCCAUAAUUUUGGAAUUAGAUGUUCGAGCAGGUGUCCACAUACUUUUGGUCAUGUAGUGUACAUUCUGUUCCCCUUUUCUCUCACAGUAACUUUCCAUACACAAAAUUCCUCUAAUAUAGUAGUAGAAGUAAAUCUAUUUCAAGAUAGAACCCAACAUGAUGAAGUAUUGUGUGAAGAGGAGUGCGGCUCUGUCGCCGCCCUGCUCACUAUGUUCUCUCGCUCUCUGUCAUGCUGCGUAUGGAAGUAGUAGCCUUCCCCUGGCUAAGAGUCAUUCAGGGGCCAGUCUCUCUGAAAAGAGAAACAGUCAGAAAGAGUAAGUAUGUCCUCACUGUAAACUCAAUGAGCUAGGCUAAUUACAGUGAUUCAUAAUAGUUUUGAAAUACAGGGCUGUGUUAUUUUAGGGCACACCAUAACAAAACAUUUUGCAAUGGAAAACCAAAACACGGGUUUCUUAUUGAACAAUUCCACGUAGUUUGUUGGUGCCUAAUGAACACGAUCCUGUUCUAUUUAUAGCAGGUAAUCGCAAAUAGAUAUCCUUGUUAGCUUUAGUAUUGUGUACUCAUAUUGAAAGUACAAAGGAGGUGUUUGUUAAGAUGACUAAAGUGCCUUAGAAACAUGGACCAGCGUGUGUGGGCGGGGUGGUGGGUAGUUUGGUUCCACAUAGGAGCACUGUGCUGUCUGUCUCUGCUCUGCUGUCACGUGUCUUUGUUUUUCCCUUGGGGUUUCUCCUCCUCUGUCUGCCCAGCGUUGUUCUCUAUCCCCUUCCCUUCUUCUUUUCUGUUUAUCUGUGUGUGUCUCCUUCCCUCCGUCCCCAAGCAGCUUCGUCCGCUCUCUGAGGGAGGAGAGCCUCACAGGGCGCUCCUUUAACCCAAUGAGGAGGGGCACUAGCCUCAAUGAGUGAGUGUGCAUGAUGCUGGUGUAUCACUCCGCCAUUAGCUAAGUCAGUUGCACUCAUCUGAGUGAUAAGCCAUGACAAAUCUGACCAUUUGCUUGCUGCCUCGAAACCAACAAUUAACGUUUGUAACGAUUGGCAAUGACCUAUAAAUAAUAACCUAUACUAAUAUGGUGUUCAUGGUCUUGUACUUUAACACUUUCAUUUUCUUUGCAUGUGUGUGCGUGUUUUUUUUCCAUGUGUGUGUUGUGUGAGUGUAUUUCCUUCAUUAUGCUCCUGUGUUUGUCCUGUCUGUCUCUCCUCUCUCUGGGCUCAGCCUGUCUGCUCUGGGUAGUGACACAGAGGGUGAUGGGGACGAGCUCUUUUCUGACUAUGGUAAUAAACUGAGCUGCUUGGAGCACAGGUGAGCUGCAGGCCUCUCUUUCACGGCAGGCAUCUCAUUGCUCUCUCUCUCUCUCUCUCUCUCUCUCUCUCUCUGUCUCUGUCUCUGUCUCUGUCUCUGUCUCUCUCUGUCUCUCUCUCUCUCUUAUGUAGUGCCACACUCCUUCUUAGUAUCUCUUAUAUGACAUGCCUGUCUCCUCUGCCUUAGUCAAUGAAUGUGAGUUGAAUGUGUUUGGCCUCCAGACUGAGGACUUUUCUUGUUUAUCCCCCAGGAGAGCAGCAGAUUCGGACCCAGCCCCCCAGAGGAGUGCUGCAGGUGGGGGGUUCCACUCAGGAGAAGCCCAUCACAGAGACCUCUCAGGCAGCAGAAACGGUGAGAGCAGUGGUGUGGGUGUGUGCUAUGUUUAAAGGGUUAGAAGCACUAAAUCACGCCGGUGUGAUCGUGGGAUUCAAGAGGUUUUAAUUCCAUGAAUAAAUCAACCUUAAUUCCAGUCAUAGACUUCAACUGCUCCUGUAGCCCAAAACAUUCUUUUUUAACAUAGGCCUUAUUUUCUGCACACACACUCAUCACACAAUGCAGUCUAAGCAUGUUAGAACCACAGAUGAAAGGGAGUUUGUUCAAAGUAUCUUUGCUAAAACAACUACUGGGAUGGGCUAUACCAGCUGAUCAUCGCAAAUGUAGUCUAGAUAAACCAGCUAGUGAGCUAGGCUAUGCUGUCAAAACAAGCUAACUAGUCUUUACUUGAUUUUAAAUGUGUUCUGCUACUGACAAAGUCGAACUGCAGUUGCCCCCUUCCCUGUCCCUGACUGUGAGACAACACAUGCUAGCAACUCUAAAGUAACCUACUAUUGGCAGUAUUCAUUUCAAACUCACCGGUGCCGGAAGGUAGCUUGUGCAUGCAGGAAAAGUGCAGCAGCUCUCUGCCGCGCUCUCUGUGGAAGAAGGGCAGGGGAGGGGACUUUCUUCAAGAUGAUAAAUUAUCCACAUUGAUGGGCAAUUUGUUUCUUUUAAAGUUACAAGAGAGAAAAGAGACACAAUUAAAUACAACUUUUUUUCAUAGGGCUGGAUUUGAAAUAUGUUUUCUUCUUUACUUCUUGAAUAAUCUCUUGAAUGCUUUUUUUUAAGGUACUUCUAACAAAGAUAAAGGAUUCAAAGACUUGAAAAUGAUGAAUGAUAAAACCGGAUCUUCCGCGCAGGGUAUGAUAUUAACCCAAUUCCAUGUUUUUUAUUUCUUUAUUUUAGAUUAUACUGUUUUGAAUAUGGAGUUGGUCCCCCCUUUGCUGCUAUAACAGCCUCCACUAUUCUUGGAAGGCUUUCCACUAGAUGUUGGAACAUUGCUGUGGGGACUUGCUUCCAUUCAGCUACAAGUGCAUUAGUGAGGUCGGGCACUGAAGUUGGGCAAUUAGGCCUGGUUCGCAGUUGGCGUUCCAAUUCAUCCCAAAGGUGUUCAAUGGAGCCAGUCAAGUUCUUCCACACCGAUCUCGACAAACCAUUUCUGUAUGGACCUCUCUUUGUGCACGGGGCAUUGUCAUACUAAAACAGGAAAGUGCCUUCCCCAAACUGUUGCCACAAAGUUGAAAGCACAGAAUCGUCUAGAAUAUCAUUGUACGCUGUAGCGUUAAGAUGUCCCUUCACUGGAACUAAGGGGCCUAGCCCGACCAUGGAAAAACAGCCCCAGACCAUUAUUCCUCCUCAACCAAACUUGGGGCAGGUAGCAUUGUCCUGGCAGAGAAAGUGUUUCCACUGCUCCAGAGUCCAAUGGCGGCGAGCUUUACACCACUCCAGCCGACGCUUGGCAUUGCAUAUGGUGAUCUUAGGCUUGUGUGCAGCUGCUCAGCCAUGGAAACCCAUUUCAUGAAGCUCCCGACGAACAGUUGUUGUGCUGACGUUGCUUCCAGAGGCAGUUUGGAACUUGGUUAGUGAGUGUUACAACUGAGGAGAUACGAUUUUUACGCACUUCAGCACUCAGCGGUCCCGUUCUGUGAGCUUGUGUGGCCUAACACUUCGCGGCUGAACCGUUGUUUCUCCUAGACGUUUCCACUUCACAAUAACAGCACUUACAGUUGACCAGGGUAGCUCUAGCAGGGCAGAAAUUUGACGAGCUUACUUGUUGGAAAGGUGGAAUCCUAUGACGGUGCCAUGUUGAAAGUCACUGAGCUCAUUCUACUGCCAAUGUUUGUCUAUGGAGAUUGCAUGUCUGCGUGCUCAAUUUUAUACACCUGUCAGCAACGGGUGUGGCUGAAAUAGCCAAAUCCACUAAUUUGAAAGUGUGUCCACAUACUUUUGUGUAUAUAUAUAUAUAGAGUAUCAUCCUGAUAUACCCCUCUUUGUUUUGCCAGAUGACGACUAUGACGAUGACUUUAACAGGUAAUGUAGGACAUUGUCCUGUAUCUUCCCUAGAUCUCACUAGCUAUUUUUAGAUGCUGCUCGGUGCUCAUUCAGUUUCAUGCCCUAUCUGUGACUUGAGAGAUAUCAAUCUGAAGGGUUUCCCUUCUCUGUGUGUUUCUUGUUUACCACCACCAGCCAUCGAUCAGAUAUCUCCAAGAGCGAGGUGAGCAUCGGAGAAGAGAUCGAGGAGGUUUCCAUCGAGGGACCCGACAACAGCGAUAAGGUGUGUGGGAAGGGAAGGGAAAGGGGAUACCUAGUCAGUUGUACAGCUGAAUGCAUUAAACCAAAAUGUGUCUUCCGCAUUUAAGCCAACCCCUCUGAAUCAGAGAGGUGCGUGGGGCUGCCUUAAUCGACGUCCACGUCAUCGGUGCCUGUGUGUCAUAGUCAUAGGAACGGCAACAGGCAGUCAACCCUACAUAUGUGUAAAGCUACUCAGCAGUGGGCCCUUCUUGUAGUUACUACAGUUUUAGGUUGAGUUUGACAUAAAGGCACUAUGUACAGGAAAGGGAAGCUGGUUGUUGACUUCCACUUGCAAAUGUCAGAGUAUAUCAAUCAAUUGGUGAAAAGAUUCCAGUAUAGGGUGGGGAUAGGAAUCAAAAUGUAAUCGACAGUUGAUAUUCUCUUUUGAGUACAUUCAAUUAGCUAAAUGUUUUUUUACAUUUUUACAUUUUAGUCAUUUAGCAGACGCUCUUAUCCAGAGCGACUUAGUUAGUGAGUGCAUACAUUUUUCAUACUGGCCCCCCCGUGGGAAUCGAACCCACAACCCUGGCGUUGCAAGCGCCAUGCUCUACCAACUGAGCUACAGGAGAUACUGACAUGUUCCCUAUAAUCAUGCCGUACAGAAAUAGGUCUAAUAAAUAUGAAUUUUAAGUAAGUAGUUGUCUUUGGUGGUAUUUCUACAUUACCAUGUCACACACACUCUCACCCUUUCUUUUCUCCCCCCCAUCAGUUUGAUGAGAUCACUCAGGACUUCAGCGUAUCUCAGCUCAGCCAGAGUCAAGGAGCUGACUACAUGGAAGAGGUGGCAUGACAAUCCAUCAGCCUUACACCACAAAGGCCAUUUCUUCUACGUUAACUAUUAUUUAUGUUGUGUGUUCACAUAAUUUGUGUUCAUGGACCUAAUAAAAGGACCACUGUUACCAAGAUUGUUCUUGAGCAAGGUUUUUAUUGUGAUCCUUUUUUUAACUUU